AAAUGAAUGACGUCAUGUGGUUAUGUGUCAUUCAUUCAUUAAGAAUCGCCAUUAUUUAUGUGUGUUAAUUUUUCUUUGUUUGAUUCAUUAUUUACAAUAUUAAGAUUGCGGCUAUAGUUGGAAAUAAUUUUUAAAAAUGGAAGAACAAAGUGGAAGCUCUGCCCCAAGGGUAAGCGAUAAGCGGUUAGCUCAAACUCAGGCUAAAGUUGAUGAAGUCGUCGGCAUUAUGCGUGUCAACGUCGAGAAAGUUUUAGAGAGAGAUCAAAAGUUAUCAGAGCUAGACAAUCGUGCUGAUGCUUUGCAGCACGGAGCUGCCCAAUUCGAGCAGCAAGCUGGAAAACUGAAGAGGAAGUAUUGGUGGCAAAAUUUGAAAAUGAUGAUAAUAAUCGGUGUUAUUGGUUUAAUACUGCUCAUCAUCAUCUUAGUUUAUGCGAUUCCUUCAGGGAACUCUGCUCCCGCUCCACCACCAGUGACUGAGGCUCCUACCAAUUCUGGUCGAUAAUCUUGCGAAACUUAUAUUGACUUCAUCAUCUAUAAAGUUUCAAACUUGAUAAUGGAUGUUUGACGUUCAUAUAUUAUCCUUACAUUUCAGACCUACCUAAAUACGACUGAAAUAUUUAUAUAAGACGUUAUUUUUGUAAUUGAGAUUAUAAACGCACAUAUUUGUACAUGAAAACUCAUUUGAAAUUUUGAUAAAUCUACAAAAACUAAUGUUAAGAGUUUUACAACUACCUAUCUACAUAAUGGUGACUAAUAUAUUUUUAUAAAAAUUUAAUGUGAUUAUGUAGUUACGGAGUUAUUGUAUUGUUAAUGAAUGUACCUAGUUUACAAAGUGUCCUUUACUGUAUUUACCAGUGUAUAAAUCCAAAAAGUGGCCAACAAUUGUAUAGAUUAAUAAUAAGUUGUGUUAAUAAAAAAAAACCCACAAAGCUUAAACAAUGGCCAUUGUGUGUAUCAACAUUUAUCAAAUAUUUAUUGAAAAUUAUCUGCUUAUCACAACUAAUAUUUAUUGUUUAACAUUAAAAAUUUAUAUUGUAUAAAGUUUAUAUAAAUGUUGCAAAAUUUAACAGCUUAAUUUUCUUUCAUAAGAUAACUUAAAGCACAUUUUAGUUUUAGAUUAUAUCAAGUUUGAAAUGGCUAUGUAAUUUAACCUUAUAUAAUAACACAUUUAUACCCUUAUUAAUAAGCAAUUUGUUAGCAGUAUUAACAUUAUAAACAGUAUUUAACAGAUUUUAAAUUAAAUGAAAUCAAACUUCAGUUUGAGUGAAAAUUGAUCAUACUGACUAUCAAUGUUUGCACUUUGCUUAUUAGUAAGGACAUAUGUGAACAUUUGGGGGAAGGUGAAGGUAUUGGUCUAUUCUAUUUUAUAUAGCCCGCACAGGCAAGCAUGUUAAAUAUUUGUGAUGAAUUUGUAGCAUUUUUUUUUCAAAUAGUCAUCAGAAUGAUGGGACCAACAAUAUUUUUACUACAAAUGACGAAUUAAUGAUGCCAAUUUGUAUUCAUACCUCUUACCACUUAUCAAUUAUUGCCUUAGUUGUUUUGUAUUACAUAAGGAAUAAUAAAUAUAUGUAUUCAUAAUUUUGUAUUAUAUUAUUGAACAAAAAAAAUUC